CUACUGUGACGUAUUUGGAAGCUAAGGGCUGGACAGCGGAAGGUCACGUUUGAGUUUAAAAUUUAAACAUAAAAAACAAACCUAGUUCGAGCCGAAGACUUUGGGGACUGCUAUUUACUAUGCUUUGUCAAACAGAAACGAAAUGAACAGCUUUUUACGUUUCCUCAUCUGAGCUAACAGCUGCAGGUUAAGUGCAUUGGACUUAAUCAGCAACCGGAAAGCGCCUUCUGAGCCAACAGCCAAAUGGUAAAAUGAUGCCUGUUCAUGCUGCCUAUGUUUUGUUAAGCUUUGCACCCCUGCUGGUGCUUAGUGUUCCUCCUAUUUGGACCCAACCAGAGCAGGUGCAUCUCUCCUAUGCAGGAGUACCGGGCUCUCUGGUGGUGACCUGGACCACCUUCAAUAAGACGGAGAGCAAGGUGGAAUAUGGUUUUGAGGGGGGUCGGCUCUUUGAGAUGAGUGCCAAAGGAGAUGCUACUGUUUUUGUGGAUUCAGGAGAAGAGAAGCGGAAGAUGUUCAUCCACAGAGUCACCCUCACAGGCCUCAAACCUGCUGCUACAUAUGUCUACCAUUGUGGCAGUGAUGAAGGCUGGAGCGACAUAUUCUCCUUCACCGCUCUGAACAGCAGCUCAAGUUUCAGUCCCAGGUUUGCUCUCUACGGUGAUCUGGGCAAUGAGAACCCCCAGUCUCUGGCUCGACUGCAAAAAGAGACUCAGCUGGGCAUGUAUGAUGCCGUCCUGCACAUAGGGGACUUUGCCUACGAUAUGCAUGAGGACAAUGCCCGAAUUGGAGAUGAGUUCAUGAGGCAGAUUCAGUCCAUCGCAGCCUACGUGCCCUACAUGACCUGUCCAGGCAACCAUGAAGCUACAUACAACUUUUCGAAUUACAGGAAUCGCUUCAGCAUGCCGGGCCAGACUGAGAGCUUAUGGUACAGCUGGAACCUGGGGUCAGCACACAUCAUCUCCCUCUCCACAGAAGUUUAUUUCUACAUUGAAUAUGGCAUGGACCUUAUCUUUAAGCAGUACAAUUGGCUGAAGGAAGAUCUGGAGGAAGCUAACAAGCCGGAGAACAGAGCCAUACGUCCAUGGAUCAUCACCAUGGGACACAGACCCAUGUACUGCUCUGAUGAUGACCAGGAUGACUGUACAAAGUUUGACUCCUGGGUCCGAGUGGGAAGGAAGGACAUCAAACCACCAGCUCCUGGUCUCGAGGAUCUAUUUUAUCACUACGGGGUAGAUGUAGAGUUGUGGGCACACGAGCACACCUAUGAAAGACUCUGGCCUGUCUAUGGUGACAAGGUGUACAAUGGAAGCAAAGAGCAGCCUUAUGUAAAUCCAAAGGCUCCAGUACAUAUUAUAACAGGCUCUGCUGGCUGCAGAGAGAGGACCGACAGGUUCAAUCCAAACCCCAAAGAAUGGAGCGCUUUCCGCAGCACUGACUACGGCUACAGCCGCAUGCAAGUGGUUAACGCCACCCACAUUUAUUUGGAGCAGGUCUCCGAUGACCAGUAUGGCAAAGUGAUUGACAACAUAUGGGUGGUGAAAGAAAAACAUGGUUUGUCUGCCUGGCUGUGAGGACUAUCCUUAAAAUAAUCUGCUCACAAACACACUUUGUUUUUUAAACAGUUUUGUAGUGAUUUUUUUUUAAUCCUAUGUAGUUAUGAAGUUUAUCCACUGUAAAAUCAGCAUAUGAUUAACUGGUAAUGUAUAUGAUGUAAAAUGUUAUGUGCUUAACUUUAUGGUUUAAAACCACAGUGUAAAAAACAUUUGAAUAAAGUCAUCUCUGAAUAGGC